AUGACCAUUUCGACGGCGCUACGAGAAGUACGUCUCGUGUUCUCAUGCUUUGCCCGCUUUGGGGGAGUAGCCUUCUGUUUUAUGCAAGUGGGUGACACCAUUAAAUGUGUGGGUCCGUCCAUGCUGCCGACCCUUAAUCGUGACGGAGAUAUUGUGUUACUGGACAAGUUUACGCCCAGACUGUGGAAGCUGCAGCCAGGUGAGGUCGUGAUCGCCAAGUCAAUGUCCAAUCCUCGCCAGUCUGUCUGCAAGCGGAUCAUUGCCCAAGAGGGUGAAACUGUGUGUGUGCGGCCUAGAUAUUCGUCGUCCGUGGUGGAAUUUCACAAGGAAAGAUGGUUAAAUUUUGUUGUGACUAGUUGGGAGCUUACUGGGUUUGACGACUGCUUUUUUGCUUCAUCGUAUUUCGUAUUGCAGAUCCCAAAGGGUCACGUGUGGCUAGAAGGAGAUAAUAAACACGACUCGCAUGACUCUCGAUACUAUGGCCCAGUGCCGUGCGCACUUGUGCAAGGACGAGUAGUAAUGAGGAUUUGGCCGCUAAACCAGCUCAAGUGGAUGAAGAAGGAAGCGUCUCCACAGGCAUUUCGUGAGAUAUAG